AUGUCAGAUGAAAUACAACUGUUAAGAAAGAAAUUAAGACCACUGUUCUGGAAGCCCGUCGGCCUCUCCGAUGCUUGCUCCGCACCUCCAGUCUCACCGCCGCUCAAAGUGGACCCCAACUGCUCUCACGCCGCUGGUGGCUCCUGCACCUGCUGUGGCUCCUGCACCUGUACAGAGUGCAAGUGCACCUCCUGCAAGAAAACCUGCUGUACCUGCUGUCCUGCGGGCUGUGCCAAGGGUGCCCAGGGCUGUGUCUGCAAGGAGGCUUCCAACAAGUGCACCUGCUGUGCCUGA